GCCCGACUAAACUAGCAGUGUUAGACAGCUUUAAGAGAUCAACCCGAUAAAGAUAAAAUGAUCCAUCAAAUUGAAUUCAUGUUUGAGCGAAUUCUUGCCAAAUAUCUGUCUCGUUUUUAUGAAGUUAAUACUUUUUUGUGUGAUUUCUGUUGGGCGCUUUGGAAUGGAACGCGGCCAAAAGUGACGCCCACCGUUCUAGACAACAACAAUCUUCCAACGAUUUGCGGUUUUGGCGUAAAGCGCCGAUAAAUCUAUAUCAAAGAACUUCCAUCUCUAAUUACAGUUAAACGCCAAUACAAGCUCCAAUAAUUGUUUGCUCUAAAUGCUUUUUUUAUUUGUAUCCUUGACUAUUGUUUUUCAAAUAAACGCAACAACUAUUUUCGAUCUGUUUCUAUAUAGUUUUCCGUACAGGCAGUUGUUGAAGAAACGUGCUAUUGUUAUAAUUCGUUCAAAUUUACCCUACUGAAAUAACUGCUACAGUAGACAUGGUACUUUCUUCUGUCAGUGAUCUAUAUGUGCUUCCAAUACAAACUUAAAAAUACGUGUUGGUAUAUUUACUAGCACAGGGAAACAUGAUUUUGUACACCGGCAUAGAAUUUUUGAAAAGUCUGCAGACUUGUAAAGUGUAUCUUCGAAGAGUAAAGGAAAUUCGUGUAACGCUGAAAAACAAUGCAACAUAAGAACGUAACACAGCAAAAACUUGCGAGGAAAUGGCGAAAACUAAAAAGCAAAUUGUAACAAUAAUAUCUUUCGUAGCCUAUAUAAGGGGCUGAUAAGCACCUCAAGAGUCAAUACUCUAAUUGCCAUGGCAACCCCCAAACGAUAUGUCAAAUUUGUUAAAUUUGUAGAUAAACUGAAGGGUGUUUUGUUGAAAUCCUUGUAGAGGAACCCCAAUUCUCUGUGUACUUCAGGAAGCUAUAUCAUUUAAGUAUUUACAACAACCUUUACUAUUUCCUUUUAGGUACUUUCAAAAGUCGAGUUUUGAUAUUCCAGAGGCAAAUAUUUUUCCAGCUUGAGAUCGAGACCUCAGUUUUUCAAUAUAGAGGCCCAAGCUUAUUAGUGUGAGUGGAGUGCAAAAACAACACGGCAGGAUGUUUUACCGUUCUUCAAGUCCGGGAAGUUUCACCAUGCCGUUAAAUGUGUUGCUUGUUGUUAUACUCCUGCUUUCAUUAUUGUGCCGGACGUCAUUCGCACAAGGCCUGACUUUCUUUGAACAAGACUGUCUGGACUCACACAACAACUUUCGAGCACUGCACUCGGCAUUUCAAGCCAUGACCUGGAAUGAACAAAUUGCCGAAGGGGCACGAAACUGGUCUCAAUUUCUCCUGCAAAACAAGUCGUUACUACAUGAGGAGGGCCUGUUAGAUCUCGGAGAAAAUCUUGGUUUUGUGUUCUCCUCGCCAGCACAGCCAAUAUGUAGCAAUGCAUCUGAAACUUCAUGCGUGCGGUGCAGCCAAGUAGUUUCAACAUGGUACAACGAGGUUUCAAACUACAAUUUUGAUACGGGAUCGCCAAUCGAUCCAAAUAAACAAUGGCUGAAUUUUACUCAGGUGGUUUGGCGAAGUUCUACUGAGCUAGGUGUGGGUGUGGCCUCUGGAGGCGGAUAUCACUAUGUUGUGGCUCGUUACAAGCCACGAGGGAAUUUGGCAGGAAGGUUUGCCAGAAAUGUACCACGCGUCCUGCCAACAGACACUACGACAAGUCCACCGGAAACAAUAACAGGUCCAACAGACAUUACAACAGGUCCGCCAGAUAUCACAACGGGACUGCCAAACACUACAGCAGGUCCACCAGACAGAAUAACUAGUCCACUAGACAUUACAACGGGUCCACCAGAGACUACCGUAAGUCCACAAGACACUACAUCGAGUCCACCAGAUACGACACCAGGUCUUCCAGAUUCUACAACAGGUCCGCCAGACACCACGACAGGUCGGUCAGACAUCAAAACAGGCCCGCCAGACAUCACAACAGGUCCGCCAGACAUCACAACAGGUCCGCCAGACAUCAUAACAAGUCCGCCAGACAUCACAACAGGCCCACAAGACCUCACAGCAGGUCCGCCAGAUAUCACAACAGGUCCGCCAGACAUGACAACGGGUCCGCCAGACAUGACAACAGGCCCACAAGACAUCACAAGAGAUCCACCAGACAUCGCAACAGGUCCGCCAGACAUCACAACAGGUCCGUCAGGUAUCACAACAGGUCCGCCAGAUAUCACAACAGGUCCACCAGACAUCACAACAGGUCCGCCAGACAUCACAACAGGUCCAUCAGACUUCACAACAGGUGCACCAGACAUCACAACAGGUCCGCCAGACAUCACAACAGGUCCAUCAGACUUCACAACAGGUGCACCAGACAUCACAACAGGUCCACCAGACAUCACAACAGGUCCAUCAGACUUCACAACAGGUGCACCAGACAUCACAACAGGUCCACCAGACAUCACAACAGGUCCGUCAGACAUUACGACAGACCCACCGUCUACAACAACGGUUCCUCCAGCUAUAACAACAGGUCUUCCAUCCACAGCGACAGGUCUUCCAUUUACAACACCAGAUCUUCCAUCUACAACACCUAUACCAGCAGGCCUGUCUUUCUUUGAACAAGAUUGUCUGGAUUCACACAAUAACUUAAGAUCAUUGCAUGGCGGAGUUGGACCCUUGACCUGGAACAACGGAAUUGCCGAUGGGGCGCGAUCUUGGGCGCAAUUUCUUCUACAGAACCAAACUUUAGAAAACGAAGUCAACGUCUUAAACAACCAAAACCUGGGAGAAAAUCUUGGCCUUUUGUCCUUCUCACCAGCACAACCAAUAUGUAGCAAUGCAUCAGAAACUUCAUGCGUGCGCUGCAGUGACAUGGUGACCAUUUGGUACAACGAGAUAUCGAACUACGAUUUUGAUACCGGGACAGCAAUAAAUUCAAGCCGACCGUGGCUAAAUUUUACACAGGUGAUUUGGAGAAGUUCCACGGAGCUCGGAGUGGGAGUGGCUUCUGGAGGUGGAAGUCACUAUAUUGUGGCACGAUACAAAUCAAGAGGGAAUGUGGAUGGACGUUUCGACAGAAACGUUCCUCGACCUCUGCCAACAAGCCCGCCGUCCACAGCGAACCCACCAGACACCACAACAGGUCCGCCAGACAUCACAACAGGUCCACCAGACGUUACAACCGGCCCAUCAGACAUCACAACAGGUCCGCUAGACACCACAGUA